AUGAGUUGCGGACAAGAUACUUCCAGAAGGCCAAUCAUCAAGGCUCUUUCUAAGGACUUUGUCCUCACAGCAUCACAGGUCACGAUGCUCUUCCACGCUACUGUUAAUGGCGAGUUUAAAAUACCAUUGUUAAAGUCGCUCAUGGACAACAUCGCGGACCCAGCCAAUGCCUUGUUCCUGGUAGAGUAUCUAUCCAAGAGCACAAUACUCACCAAACAUCCGACGAAUUAUUCGACCUCCGCCUCGCCUAUAUCUAAGAAGACGCUGGUCAAAGGCAAAGUGAAGCCAACAGAUUUCAAACUGAAUGAACACUACGAUGGGAUGCCAUUCAAAUACGGUCGAGAUUGGAUUCUACCAACUAGCGGUAUUUGGGAGUUUGACUACGUAUCCCCUCGUAGAGCUCUAAAGGGCGGUGCCAUAACUGCUGAGGCAUGGCUCCGGGUUACACAGUCCAUUCAGAAUGCAUUGGAUGAGGGGCGGCUCAGCAACGAAGUGAUUGUAAUGUGUUUGAGACGAGUCAGUCACCUUUUCUACGUCAAUUGUAGCCAAAUUGAUGUUCUCCUCGCGAUGUUCCCACAGACUAGUCAAAAUCUGCAGAUUAGAAGAGAUAUAUUCACAACCUUGUAUAAUCGUAUUGUUGAUUAUGUGGAUAUUCGAGAGCAUUUCUGUCGUCCGCGACUAGGCCUUCCGCCGGCCUUUGGACCAGCUUGUAUCGCCAUUUUAGAACGGCAGAUUGGAAUGUUAAACCUUUUCAACCCUUUAAAGGCCGAUAAUGCAGCUUUUAAAUGUGACUUUAACAGUCACGAAGGCCGUUUAAUGGCACAGAUAAUUUUACGUUUAAAAAAGACAGAAGACAAUCGCAUCAUCAACUCUCGUUUUGGCGCUUCUCUGGAAGUUAUCUUACCGAUGGACGCUCCACCGGCAUGGUAUCAAUGUGUUCCCUUUGAAGGAUAUUGGGAGGGAACUUAUGUUGGUACCAACAGCAAGAUGAACGUACGGAAAGAUAUUGCCAUGACGUAUUGUGCUUAUGAGUUCUAA